AUGCUCUCCAAUGGUCAGGUCGUUGCUACCGACCUACUCGCUAUCCAUUUACAGCGCAAGAUGAAUCGAAAUCGAACCCCGCCCACGAUCAAACCGCCAGAUAAAUACUAUUUCGCAGAAUCAGUUUACGUUAAUAUCAGGUCAUAUCUGCUUGGCCGCUACCACGCCUGUGUUACUAUUGAAGAAGCUUUCGCCAACACCCAAGAGACAGCUCCAUACACUCAGAAGUGGAGCAGCUUUAUUCAGACGCUCAGCGACGCGCUUGACAGGUCCGAAAGCAUGCAUCUAAGCGAGGCUCUUGUGGUGAUGCAACAAGCACCUCAGGAGUUCAGCAUAGUCCUUGAACGGCAGCCACCCAACAUAAUCGGUAGUAUUUUCAUGUUCUUAGUCGUGGUUGCUCCACGCCGAGCCGGAGUUUCUGACAAGGAGUCGCAAAUGUUUCUCAGGGUGGUAAAGAGCCUCCUGAAUUUUGGGGCCACAGCUUUGCCUGCAAGACAUCCGUUGCAUCAAAUACUACGGAGUCUUGCCAAAUGGGAGACCGAGGAUAUACAGAAUUUUGCUGAAAAUAAUGCGACGACAUGCGAUCAGAUGUGGGAAUGGGUCCCACCAGGCUCCGCAGGCCGUAUGGCAAUCUUUAGCGACUGCGUACACCUCAGCAUCGCGAAUCAAGGGUCGAAAACUGACCAGUCGAACAACUUUACACCAUCCAUAUCUCAGCAAAGGACUCCGAUUGGGCUCAAGGAGUGCUACGAAUGGCUAACGCAAUCCUCUAAUACCGGCACAGCGAAGAAAUGUUCCAGUGAUCUUUGA